AUUGCGGUAGAACGCGGUUCCCGCUCAUUUAAUACAACGUUGUCCAAAUCUUCCUUUCCUCAAAUCUCAUUCCAGAGAGAGAGAGAUAUGUUCUAUUCCCACACCUUCCUGGCCAGAAAAGGCCCUCUUGGAACCGUUUGGAUCGCCGCUCAUCUCCAGAACAAGCUCCAGAAAUCGCAAGUUGCUGUCACCGACAUCUCUGCUUCCGCCGGAUUCAGGACAGUAGCAUGUAUGUAUUGGGGCCUGCAUGCGGAGAUGGUCUGUUGAUCCGAACCAUCCAUGUUGCGGAUUCUAUGCUAUGCAGGUCACUCUACUUGUAAAUGUUUUGAGAACAUUGAAAACGGAUUUUUCAGUGGCUCACAGUCAACUCCAAAAAUCAAACGUCAGGAUUAGUAAUGAAACACAAUCGCGGGAAGCUUAUUGAUGAUAGCAUCAACAACAUGGAUAUCAAACUCUGCUGGUGGGAGUUUUGCAGUCUCACAUCCCGUCCAAAGCACGGAUUAAGGAGGAGGGUUGCGUCAGAUUACAUCAUGUUCCCUGAGGUCCCGAUAGCACUGAGACUAUCUGGGCAUCUUCUACUGGGUGUAGUUCGGAUAUACUCAAAGAAAGUUGACUAUCUUUACCAUGACUGCAACAUGGUUCUGAUCCAAAUAAGAUCUGCCUUUGCCUCAGAACAAGUCAAUUUACCAGAAGACGCGAGACAUGCACUGUUUCACUCAAUCACUUUGCCAAAGACAUUUGAACUUGAUGCUUUGGAUCUGGAUGACGCAAUACUCCAAGCCGAGGCUCCGGAUAAUCAUCUUAAAGCUCGUGAGGAUAUAACAAUUACAGAUCAGGUGAUGGGUGAAGAAAAUCCAUAUGUUGCUUUCUUUAUCAAUGAGGGUAGCAUGGUGGAUCCUUAUCAAACUGAGCUUCACAAUGUUGUAGCAGAACCAAUGGAUGAAGAUAUCCUCCUUCCAUUUCCUCGAGAGAGUGGUGCUGUGGGUAUUCAAGAUCCUGGUCCAAGUAGUCAAGCAGAAGAAUCCAAUCAAGAGUUUUUGGAGGACCAAUUCCCUCGACAUCUUCCAGAGAUUGAGAUUCUGCGUGAUGCUGUACAACCCUUUGAGUUGGAGAACCUUCCAGAGUGGCCUAAUCUUGCCGACAAUAUUGUUGAACAACGAGAACCUUUUGAUCCAAUCAUGAAUCAAAAGGAGAGCCUUUCUCCAAUUGUGGAAGGGUUUUUAGAUUCCGGAGGAGAAUCUCUUCCAUCCCAGCCACAUCUGUUAGAACCAACCGCAAGAUCUAUAGAGGAACCUGAGAUUUUUUAUUCGAAUGUCUCUUUGGGACCUGUAUUUUCUGAAAUGGCAAUACAACCAACUCCCCUUGAGAAGCAAAAGGCAAAGUCAAGGAAGAGAAAACAAUUAUUUGAUGAGUCCUUGGUGUUGACUAAUGAGUUUAUGAAGAAACAACUCAAACAUGCUAGUAAAUUGAAACGCAAGAGAGAGAGUCUCCCUGUAACAAAACUUGAUAUUUGGAAAUCUGACAAGAGCUUGCAGAUGGAGCAAAUAUUUUUUGAGCCCUCAGUUUCUGGAAUGUGUACCAAUCUUCAGGAAGUUUUCAAGAAAGACUUUCUCGCCUCCAAAGCUGAUUCGACUUCCACAAAAGCUCAUCUAGAGCCCAGGGAUGCACAAUCUCCUACUGGCAUGCCCACAUUCGAGAUGGAAAACGAACAUCCUCCAAUGAAUGCAGAAUCUCCUGCUGGCAUCCCUGUAUUUGAGAUGGAAAUCGAACUUCCUCCUAGGGAUGCACACUCUCCUGUUGGCUUGCCUGAAUGCGAAGUGGAAAUUGAACAUCCCCGAUUCAAGGAAGUUCAUGUCGACGGUGGUUUACCUGAAUUCAUGCCAUCUCCAUCUAGAAGAGAAGAGUUCACACCCUUCCUUGCUAGCAACUUUGGGUCAAUGUCUCAAACAGGGAAGACUCUAGAGACUGAAGCACUGCAUACACCGGAAAUGCCUUUUGCUCAAUCAGAUGGCCUUGAACUGGAAACACCAGUUGCUGGUUUCGAGGAACUACUAUCAGCAGGAGACACUAAUCUUCCUGAGAUUCCAAAUGUGCUGAACUCUGCAGAGGCAGAAGGGCUGUGUUUUUUGGAAGCAGAUACCACAGAAGCUGGAAAUGAAGAAAAUGAAGUUGGCAUGUUGCCUACAAUGACCAGGGCUGUGGCACAGUAUCUAAAAAAGAAAUUCUUCACCUCAAAUUUCAAAAGGCCAAUCAGAUCAUCUCAGCUCGAAUAGAAUCCUAGAAGGGAAAACACGAAAACAAUGUGCCCGGAUGUUUUUUGAAACACUGGUUUUAACAAGUUAUGGGUUUAUUAAUGUACAACAAGAAGCAGCAUUCGGUGAUAUUACUCUGUCACCGACUCCUAUGCUCUUGAACACUCAGCUCUGAAUGCAUUCUUCAACAAUGCUUAGCAGGCCUUCAUGUACAAAGUAUCAACAAGUUUCUGGCAGCAAGGAGGUUAUAUAUAGCUUGAAGUUCUCUGCAAGGGCAAAGUCAGCUAGUUUAUUCUGUAGCAACGCUGCAGGUUCUUACCAUCUGAUGGACAAACAGGUUUGCUAGCAAGGCUCUCACUUAGUGGCAAGUUGAGGCUCAUCUAAUCUGCUCACCUCUUUUCCUCCAUGUAACAAUCCAGACAGUCCAUCUAGAAGGCCCUACCACAUAUGGCCCAUUUUGUAAAGAUCUCACUCAUCAGCAGCAUCUAGGCAAAGUGACUCAGAAACGAUGGUUCAGUAAAUCAGCUUCUAACUAAACAUGAAUGGUGGUGAUCUCCUAUCAGUGAGAUUCUUUGAUAGCUGGAUCAUCACUUGCUGGAGAAGGAUUUGAGAACGGAGCAUCACUGGCAGAAACAUUAAAAGGAGCAACGGCCCACAUCCAGUGAGCCCAAAUCAUACUAAACCAUCAAGGUAUGAAUACUGGUUUAUGUACUGUAUUGAUCAGCACCAAAACCAGGUCAUACAUGUUAAGGCAAAAUGCAUCUGUUUUGGACUAUGACUUGUUUGCAUAUAUAUCAGGCAAUAUGCAUCUGUUUUGGACGUUGUUCACAUUGUUGCCAGUAUGUAAGGACCCAAUCACAAUGCUUGUGUUUUUCACAAUGUCUUGUAUCUGUUCCUUUCAGCA